CCCAACUAUAAUCAUCGAUUGCAAACGUUAGAUAGGUAGGUAGCAUUAGCCAGAAAUCCAAAGCUUUUCUUUUCAAUGAAAACCCAGUUUUAUCACGCUGGCAUUCUUCCUUCAACAAUUUUCUUCGCCGACUCCUAAAUUCUCCCAUACAUCAUCAUCACUUCAGCAUCAAAAAUUCAUUUCGCGAUAAAUUAGGUACUCCAACAUGCAUCUACGACGCAUUGUCCGUUACCUGGCGAUAGCGCUACGAGCUUCAAAAGCCGCAGCCUUCGCAUGCAACACGAGCCUCUUAGUCGACAACUUCUCUGGGUUUUCCCACCAUAAAAACAACCUUGGAUUGAAGGCAAGCGGUAAGUCACUUACCUACCUACCUACUUUAUCUCCCUAACCUACCUGUCUACCUCUCGUGACUCCCCUUAGAAAAGGGUAUACUUACGAGACUGAACUUCUUCAACUAACCCCCCAACAGACGACGGAUCCAUGAAGUCCAUCUCAGCCGCCAAGCACACUAUCUCCUUCACACCGCAGGAAAGUUCCUACUUCUACGAGGCGGUGCCGUGCUUCUCCAGGAAAACGAUCGGGUACGGCGCGAUAGCAUUCGUCAUCAAGGCCCCGCAGGACGCGUCCAUCACGCUGGAGAUGCAGACCGCGCAGCAGGAGCACGACUGCUCGGGGGAGACGUACAGCAGCACCUGGCGGUACGUGGCCAACUUCACGGGCCAGGUGCAGAGGGUCAUAGCGCCCUUCAGCUCGUUCGUGGGGGCCAAGGCCGAGGACAUCUUCGCCUUCAAUUGGGCGACGUGGCAGACGCAGGAUACGGGGUUCGUUUGGGAGAUGGGCGAUAUCGAGCUUAUUUGCGGCGAGGAGGACGAGGCGGGUGUAUGAUUGGGUAUCUAUCUAUCUCCUAUCUUACGUACUUGCGUGUUUACCUACCUAAACCUUAUGCUAGGUGGAUGGUUAGAAACGUUGUUGGGGUUUAAGUUUUGAUCCGGCGUUAAAGGGGGAAACGAAUCGGAAACGGAGCUUGGUGGAAUUUGAGUUCGUCAUGUAAACUACCUACCUACCUGUAAUAGAAGUCAGUAAUGUACUAACGAUGAAAAUUAUUUCCUUAUGUUGUCUCGUGAUGCAUUAUGUGGACGAGUCGAGACGUAAUACUAUAGGAGGUACCUAGGUACCUAUCUCCUUAAAUUGCCCCGAGGUUGUCACCAGAGCACAACUGUCGUAGCGGCAUAUACGCUAAGAGCUGGGAAAUUUAUAAGAAUUUUCCAUGUAAUAUUUCCAGUUUCGGUUCUGGAUGUGAAAAUCCAUCUGCGUGUAGUCAUCCCUACAAUCAACAUACAGCUUUCACCCAGCCACACUAACGAGCCACCCCCUGGAGUAAUGCGAUCGCUCCAGCCAUAUUGUACACAAACCCCCUCAGCCCACACACUUUUAACUCCUGAAGAAAGACAGUACGUAACCUAUACUAUAUACAAAAAAAAAAAAAAAA